CGGGUGCUCAUUUUCCGUCAAUAUCAAAGAAAGCGACGAGAGCAAAUGCGUUUGAUGAAACUGGCGCGUAGAGGCGGCAGUUACUAUGUACCUGAUGCUCCUAGAUUGGCAUUUGUGAUCCGUAUUCGUGGUAUUAAUGGCGUUCAUCCUCGCGUACGCAAAAUACUCCAACUGUUCCGACUCCGCCAGAUCAAUAAUGGGGUGUUUAUGAAGAUCAACAAAGCGACAGUGAACAUGCUUCGCAUAGUUGAACCGUAUAUUGCAUGGGGAUAUCCAAAUAUGAAAACUGUUCGAGAGCUGAUUUAUAAACGAGGAUUCGUGAAAGUUAAUGGCCAGCGAGUGCCCAUUUCUGACAACAGAGUGAUCGAAAAGCAGUUAGGUAAGCACGACAUUAUUUGUAUUGAAGACUUGAUCCACGAAAUAUUCACAGUGGGGUCAAAUUUCAAAUACGCCAGCAACUUUCUCUGGCCCUUUAAGCUUAACAAUCCCCGUGGUGGCUGGAGAAAAAAGGCUAACCAUUUUGUUGAAGGCGGUGAUUUUGGAAACAGAGAAACAAAGAUAAACGAUCUAUUGAGACGAAUGAUUUAG